AUGCGCAGCCUCUUCCUCCUGAGCGGGCUGGUCGCCAGCGCGCUGGGGGCACCGGCCACCUCGUACAGCGGCGGCGGCGGCGCCCAUGUCUUGCACCAGAAGCGCAGCGAUGAGGUGCACUACGACGCUUGGGUCAAGCGCGAGCCCGCGGACCCGGCUUCCAAGGUCCCGGUGCGCAUCGCCCUGAAGCAGCGAAACCUGGAGCGGGCCAUGGACCUUGUCUUGGAGGUGUCAGACCCGACUCACGCGUCGGGCAAAUACGGCGAGUGGUACACCCGCCAGCAAAUCAUCGACCUCUUCGCCCCCUCGGACGAGUCCAUCGCCAAGGUCAAGGAGUGGCUCCUCCUGUCGGGCGUCGCCGCGGAGAGCAUCGUCGUCCCCGUGACCAAGGGCUGGGUGCACUUCGACGCCACCGUCGGCCAGCUCGAGUCGCUCGUCAAGGCCGACUACCACAUAUACAACCACGUGCGGGCUCGUGACGACGGCGACGGCGGUGAUGGCGAGGGCUCGCACCUCGGCACCGACGCGUACCACCUGCCCGAGGAGGUCGCCGCGCACGUCGACUUCAUCGUGCCCGGCACGGCGUUUGGGCGGCUGAGCCCCGGGAAGAGCCUGCGCCGACGGAAGCUGGGCGCCGGGGGUAAGGGCUCCAGGCCGCUGGAACCUAUACAGGCAGAGAUCCAAUCCAAUCCCGGCGACUGCGGGCGCAGGAUUACCCCAGACUGCCUCCGGGCCAUGUACAACAUCCCCAUGGGCAAGACUGCCCACCCCGGCAACAAGCUGGGCAUCUUCGAGGCCGAGCACCAAAUGUACGUGCAGUCCGACAUGGACAGGUUCGUAGCCACCUACGCCCCGCACGUCCCGCAGAACUUCACGCCCGAGGUGUACGAAAUCGACGGCACCCCCGGGACGUCCGAUAACCCUCAUGAUGCUGGUGGCGAGGCCAUGCUCGACUUUGAAAUGGCAGUGCCCCUCAUCUAUCCGCAAGGCACUGUCCUAUACAUGAGUCCCGACUCCGGCCCUGGCAAGGCAGGCAUCUGGAACCCCUUCCUUGACGCUCUAGAUGGCAGCUUCUGCAACUUCACCUCACACGGAUACACGGGAGACACGCCCAAGAUCGACGGCACUUUCUCUCGGCAUGACUGUGGCACCGCCGCGCUCACCAACGUCAUCAGCAUCUCGUAUGGCUCGACCGAGCCUUAUUAUCCGUCGAGGUAUGGCGUCCUCUUCCCCGAGUACCUAGAGAGACAGUGCGACGAGUGGAUGAAGCUGGCGCUGGGCGGCACGACCGUGCUCGUCGCUAGCGGCGACGACGGUGUGGCGGACCCCGAGCGCGAGUGCAUGGGCGCGAACCAUACCAUCUUCAUGCCCGAUUCGACGUGUGACUGCCCCUAUAUCACUGGCGUCGGUAGCACACUCCUGCAGAACCACAAGCGACCGGGAGACAGGGAAGUGGCGACAGACUUCUUCUCCUCGGGCGGCGGCUUCAGCAAUAUCUACAAGACUCCUAGCUACCAGCUCGACGCCGUACAGCAUUAUCUUACCCAUCAUCCGCCGAGUUUCCCGUCAUAUAGCACCAGCCGCGGCCAGGUCCCCAAGACCGGCGGGGUCUACAACCGGAACGGCCGCGCGUAUCCGGAUCUAUCCGCGGUCGGGGAAAACGGCAUUGUCGCGUUGAGAGGAAAGUGGUACUACAUUGGAGGGACGUCCAUGUCGGCGCCUAUUGUCGGCGCCAUACUGACUCUCAUCAACGAGGAGCGGCUCGCCGCCGGGAAGAAGUCCAUCGGCUUCAUCAACCCUGUCCUAUACCAGCAUCCCGAAAUGUUCAACGAUGUCCUCGAAGGGUCGCAGCCGCGCGGCGGGCCGGACAACAACGGGUGUGGGAACAAUGGCGGCUUUCACUGCAGCGAGGGCUGGGAUCCGGUCACGGGCAUGGGCACCCCCAACUACCAGAAGAUGCUCAAGGUGUUCAUGUCCAUCUAA